CGUCUCUAUAUAUGAGCAAAUAUUAUAAGAGGUGAGAAGCCAGCAAAAUCUGUGACAGAGAGAAAAUAGGAGAGAGUGGAGGGGCCGCCUCGCCAAACACUCGCUCGAGCCGGCGAAGAAGUGCUGCGGGGGCUUGAGCUCUCUGCCGUGCAGUAAAUACAUGUAGAGCCCGCCGCUGUUUGCAGCGAGCAGCUGGCGUAGCCAUUAAUGUUGGCCAAGCGGCCAACUGCAAGCCUUGCAGUCGCAGUAGCAACUGCGCCCGAUCUCGGUGCAAGCUUGUCUCUUCCUCCUCAGCUAGACUGCUAGGGUGCUAGCUAACGUCGCUAGGCUGUCGCGAGAGCUACACUACGAUGGCGGCGGAGGAGCUCGUGCUGCUCGAGCGAGACGACAAGACGGUGUCCCUGGCCGUGAUCCCGGCGACCACAACGCCCCCGUCGGCCACCGCAUCCGAGGCGGAGGUUGAGGCGGUCACUUUCCGGCUCGUCGUCGAGCAGAGCUACCGCUGCGGCGGCGGCGCCGAUGAGGUGGACACGAUGGAGGAUGCCGCGUGCCGCGUCCCCCUCGCCGACCUCCGCGACGCGGCGGCGGUCGACCGCGCGUUCGAGGAGCUGCUGGCCGGGCUCGACCACCCGACGCUGCGCCCGGAGGUCGCGCCGGAGGCCAGGGAGGCGGCCGCGCGCGUCCGGGCGAGGUGCGCGGAGGAGGGCGACCGGCUCGGCGGCGUCGAGUUCCGCGUCCGCAUCGUGUUCGUUGACUCGUUCGAUGAGGACGAGGAGUCCGCGCUGGAGCCGGACAGCGAGGAGACCGGCAGCGACCUGGAGCUCGACGAGGAGUCCUGGAACCGCGGCAAGUCGGACGGCGGCGAGUGGGGGCACGGGCACGACCCGGCCGUCCUCGGCGACGACGGCGGUGUCCAGUUCUCGGCGCGGCCGUUCGACGGCGCCCUCGCGCGGGCGGGCGGGCCGAGCGACGGCACGCUGCUGCUGUCGGGCUUCGAGGCGCGCGCCGACGGGCCCGAGCCGGGCGACCAGCACGAGCUCACGCCCCGGGACGUGCAGCGCCUCGUCCGCCUCGCGUUCAGCGGCGGGGACAUGGAGGGCGACGAGGGGUACCGGCGGGCGGUGGACGGCGGCACGCCCGUGUCCCGUGUCGCGCGCGCCGUGAUGCUGGACCAGGGGCUGCGGUCCGCGACGCAGCAGCAGCGGCCAGCGUCGACACGAGGGAUGCCGCCUCGGAUGCGCACAGGAUGGUAGGGACGAGCGCCUGGCGACAGAAGCGAAGCAAUGGGGCAGCUUUUAAUUCUGGCUUGAUGUGUUUGUAGCAUCAGAUGUUGGAAUAAUUAAUUUUUUGCCACUAUUUCAGGGUGAGUGGCAACUGAUUUGCCACUAUGUGAGAGGGAUUAAUUGUACCCCUGAUGUUUGAGCUGUUUUCAUGUUCCACUUGAUUUUCAGUACAAGCCAAUAAUAAUGCUUAUCAGAAGCAUGCAUUGCACUUGUCGGAA